AUGAGCUCGCAUCGAAUGAAAAGCCAGAACUACAAGAUGCAGACAUUCUCGUUCCUGGUCAUCGCCCGCAAUAGUCACGAGGGGACCGCAAAUGUCCGGAACAGUGUCACGCGCAAGUGGACACGCCUGACCGUCCCCACACUCAAGCGAACGGGACAUGUGAUCUGCGACGGGUGUACUGAAAGUGGCCAGUUACAACGCACCAUCCGCACCAAAGCCGAGGGCAAGACGGCCUUCAAGGACCUCCGCAAGCGCAAGUGGGGCGACGCGCUACCGCCAGCCGAGUUCUACCAAUCACUGCUGGAUGAGCCCAUUCCUGCAUGA